UCCUCACAUGUCUCCCACAUACGUCCCACCAUGUCUCGCUGUGCCCCCGUGCUGAUGCUGGUGGCUCUGGUCUGCCUGGCCCGGUUGGGCUCGGCCCAGCCCGUCGACAGCCGGGCCGAGCUGAAGAAGGUGCAGGAGGCUCUGGAGGAGCUGCAGGCGGAGAGGAGAGUGAUGACGGCGCGUCUGGAGGCGGCGGAGAACGAACUGAGGAGAGUCAAAGAAGCUCCUAAGGUUGCGUUCGCUGUCUCUCUGGGCGGAAACGGCCUCGAGAAGACGACAAAUGGAAACAAAGAUCUCGUCUACAAGGACGUUCUGACCAAUGUGGGCGGAGCUUAUGAUGCAGCGACAGGUGUGUUCACGGCACCAGUUCGUGGCGUCUACUACAUCCGCUUCACGGCCAACGCCCCCACCGACUUCCCCAUGAGCGCCGUGCUCUACAAGAACGACCUGAGCAUCCAGCUGAUCGCCCACGAGCAGUCGUCCGGUGAAGGCAGCGACACGGCGUCCAACGGCGCCACCCUGCUGCUGGAGAAGGACGACAAGCUGAAGAUGAAGCUGUGGCACAACACGCAGAUCUGGGACAACAGCAACCACCACAGCACCUUCAGCGGCUUCCUGCUGUUCCCCAUGGUGGAGGAGCAGCUGAUGGAGUUCGACGUUGAGGCCGAGCUGAAGGCUCUUCAGGCGUCUCUGGCUCAGCUUCGGACUGAAAACCUGGAUGUCAAAGAGAAAUUAGAGACAACAGAGAAGGAGCUGAAGGCGAUGAGAGAUGUACCAAAGGUGGCGUUUUCAGCUUCUCUCGGAGGCAACGGUCUUCAGAAGACCACGUCUGGACGCAAGAGACUCAUCUACAGAGAAGUCCUGACCAACAUCGGCCAGGCCUACAACUCCGAGACCGGUGUGUUCACGGCGCCGGUUCGUGGCGUCUACUACGUCCGCUUCACGGCCAACGGUCCCACCGACUUCCCCCUGAGCGCCGUGCUCUACAAGAACGACAUGAGCAUCCAGCUGAUCGCCCACGAGCAGUCGUCCGGCGAGGGCAGCGACACGGCGUCCAACGGCGCCGCCCUGCUGCUGGAGGCCGGUGACACACUUUCCCUGGACCUGUGGCAAAACACCCAGAUCUGGGACAACAGCAACCACCACAGCACCUUCAGCAGCUUCCUGCUGUUCCCCAUGUGAGGACGAGCAUCGAACUCAUGAAGCUUUAAUAAAACAUGAAAAAUCAUCUC